CCUCUCUUCUCUUAUUCUCUCCUCAGCAUGCGGUGACUGAGGCCUCCAGACUCAGUGGAUCUGGAAGCAGCAGCAGCAGCAGCAGCAGCAGCAGCAGCAGCAGCAGCAGCAGCAGGCAUCUGGCUUGAUGAAGAGCCCGGUGCACAGAUGCAGGGAUGUGGAGCACGGCCGUGGGCAGGGCACGGGGGGGGCUGGGACCACCUGCCUGCAGGCCGAGCAGCGCAUCCCCAUCUCCAAAGACGUCAUCACAUCCUCCGCUGCCUCUGCCAUGUGGUUCAUCAGGGACGCCUGCGGCAUCGUGUGCGCCAUCAUCACCUGGAUGCUGGUGCUGUAUGCAGAGUUCGUGGUGCUGUUUGUGAUGCUGCUGCCCUCCAAGAAUCUGACGUACAGCAUUGUGAACGGGACUCUGUUCAACAUUCUGGCCUUCCUUGCCCUCGCUUCACACCUCAGGGCCAUGUGCACCGACCCUGGUGCAGUGCCAAAAGGGAAUGCUACUAAGGAAUACAUAGAAAGCCUUCAGCUGAAACCAGGGCAGGUGGUCUACAAAUGUCCCAAGUGCUGCAGCAUCAAGCCUGACCGAGCUCACCACUGCAGUGUUUGCAAACGCUGCAUACGUAAGAUGGACCACCAUUGCCCCUGGGUCAAUAAUUGUGUUGGGGAGAACAACCAAAAGUACUUUGUGCUUUUUACAGUAAGUACAGUAACUGUCUC